CCCACACCAAAAUCCAGCUGAAAGGGACAUUGGUGAUAUGAAAGAAAAACUUGAGAAGCUGUUCAUUUCUACUGGAUGUGAACCUGAAUCCUGGUUUAGGGCUGCCUGUCAUGUUGCAGAUUUGAGAAACCACACAGCCCGAGAGAAACUGGGAUACAGGACCCCCAAGGAAUUCAGAGAUGGAAAUACUCCAGACAUAUCUGGCUUACUCAGAUUUCAAUUCUGGGAACUUGUAUAUUACAAGGAUCCAGACCAUGGUUUCCCCAGCAAAGGAGGAAAUGAAAAAUUGGGUCGCUGGAUGGGACGAGCACUCAAUUAUGGUGACACUAUGUGCUAUUGGAUCCUCACCCAGGAUACUAAGCAACUAAUUGUCAGGAGUAUGGUCAGAUCUACCAAUGACAUCCGGCCUAAUGUUGCCUUUCAAGAUUUACUUGAGGCUGAAAAGAAAGCUGAUCAAGAAAGAAGAGAUGAUCCUAUAUUUCCCAUUGUCAUUUAUGAGGCAGGGGAGGAAGAAAUCAUGAUAAUGGCAACCCUGAAAUCAAGAACACCCCCAAAGAGUUCUCAGCAGAAGAUCUCAUUGACAAGUUUGUAUGGAACAAAUAUGUCACCAGGUCUGGCAGAGAGACUCGAAUCAGAGGCAGAGUUGUGGAUCAAAUUGAUGAAGACCACUACAGGGUUGAAUACAGUGAUGGAAAACAAGAUGCCAUUGACUACAACCUCCUGAUCAGCAUGAUGAACAAGCCAAAUGAAGAGAAUGCUGAAUACUUUGAGUAUGACUCCAUAAAGGACCACAGAUGGUCAAAGGAUCCCAAGAGAAAGGGGAGAAUUGAUGUGCUGGUCAAUUGGGUUAGUGAUGAGCCUUCCUGGGUUCCCAUGGAAACUAUGAAGGCAGAUGAUCCCAUCACUCUGGCUGCAUAUGCCAGAGAGAGAGGUAUCACCCACCUAGCUAAGUGGAAAUGGGCUCAUAAACCAACAAAGACCCC